UAGCCGGCUUGUUCAUACCUGCAUCAUCUAUCAGUCAGAAAGUCAAACCGGAGACAUUUGGAUAUAAAUAUAAACAGGAAACACUAUAUACUAUAUAUGCUAUAUACGAGGGUCAACGGUGUCAUCGGAAUCCCCUAAGCGGGCUGGCUCCAGAGUGAAUACGUGGAUAGCGGCUGUCAGCAUCCAACUGCCGAGAGGGAGUGAGUAACGCGAUUAGUUUACUACAGUCGAGAACAAGGCAAGAAUAAUAGUUAGUCCAGCGAUUUCGAAAACUGUUGGACUGCUCAGAACUGUUGGAAACGGCUCUGAAAUAGUUACGCAAAAAGAAAAGAAGUGUCACAUCUCAAGGAUUGUGUCAACGAGAGCCUAGCAGAGUCGGGUAAAACAAAAGCAUAAAGCUGACUGCGAGCCUGUAGAUUUACAUUUUGAAUGAGCGGUGUGCUGCAUCUGAGCUGGAUAGCUAGCAAUAGUUAAUGCACUGGUCUGACGUUUGAUACAUUGUUGGCACCACAUGAUGCAACAGCAGCGAUCGUUCGUCUCCCCUCUGCUUAGCGGUGUCUUCUGUCACUGUACCCCAGAAGAUGUCCCGUCGGGUUCGGACCCCGGUGGUGGGGUCGAGUCCGCUUCUGUGACCCCAUCUAAGUUGUGGGACUGCCCGACUUCUCAGGCAGAAGACAGAACGUGCGAUUCGUCGCGUCCCUGUGGCGGCGCUCUCUGUAGCGAAGCGGAGCAAGAACACCGACUCAAAGUACUUUUCCAAGUAUUGGACGUCAAUAAGGACGGUGGCAUCUGCGUCAACGACCUGACAAUCGGACUGAAAAAGCUUGGCGUUCAUCGCACCGAAAAUGAACUCAUGAAAAUAGUGAAAGCGGGAGACAAGGAUCUGGACGGCCAGCUGGACUUUGAUGAAUUUGUACACUACCUGCGAGACCACGAGAAGAAGCUCCGUCUGGUGUUCAAGAGCCUCGACCGCAAGAACGAUGGAUGUAUCGACUCCCAGGAGAUCAUGCAGUCGCUGCGAGAUUUGGGAGUCAGCAUCUCCGAGCAGCAGGCUCAGAAAAUCCUAAAAAGCAUGGAUAAGAACGGGACGAUGACCAUCGACUGGACGGAGUGGAGAGACUACCACCUCCUGCACCCAGCCGACAACAUUCCGGAGAUCAUCCUGUACUGGAAACACUCUACGAUAUUCGAUGUGGGAGAGAGCAUGCUGGUGCCAGACGAGUUCACGGCGGAGGAGAGGAAGACGGGGGUUUGGUGGCGCCACCUGGUGGCGGGAGGGGGAGCUGGGGCUGUUUCGCGUACCUGCACUGCCCCACUGGACCGCCUCAAAGUGCUGAUGCAGGUGCACGCAUCGCGUAGCAACAGCAUGAGCAUGCUGGGUGGCUUCGCCAACAUGCUGAAGGAGGGCGGAGUGAGGUCGCUAUGGCGAGGGAACGGGAUGAACGUCAUCAAAAUAGCGCCCGAGUCCGCCAUUAAGUUCAUGGCCUACGAGCAGAUAAAGUGGCUGAUCGGCACUGAUCAGGAAUCCCUGGGUAUUCUGGAGCGCUUUGUUGCUGGUUCCCUGGCAGGAGCCAUCGCCCAGAGCAGCAUCUACCCCAUGGAGGUCCUGAAGACGCGCUUGGCUCUGAGGAGCACGGGGCAGUACGGGGGCAUCGUGGACUGUGCCAAGCACAUCCUGAGGAAGGAGGGAAUGAUGGCCUUCUAUAAGGGCUACGUCCCCAACAUGCUGGGCAUCAUCCCAUACGCAGGCAUCGACCUGGCUGUGUACGAGACUCUGAAGAACUCGUGGCUGCAGCGCUAUGCCACAGACAGUGCCAACCCCGGCGUGUUCGUGCUGCUGGCCUGCGGCACCAUGUCCAGCACCUGCGGCCAGCUGGCCUCCUACCCCCUCGCCCUGGUGCGCACACGCAUGCAGGCUCAAGCCACCCAGGAGGGGGGCCCCCAGAUGUCCAUGUCAGGGCUCUUCAGACACAUCGUCCAAACGGAGGGGCCCACGGGGCUCUACAGGGGCCUGGCCCCCAACUUCAUGAAGGUCAUCCCAGCCGUGAGCAUCAGCUACGUGGUCUACGAGCACCUGAAGACCAGCCUGGGGGUGCAGUCACGGUGAGGGGAAGAGGAAAGGGGGUAACAGUGACCAAAAAAACACAAGAUAAAAGGACAUGUGGGGGAAGUCUUAAGGGUGCAGCUGAGACGCCUGUGGGUCUCUGCACCAUCAUCUCAUUCUGUGAAUGUCUGAAGGCUGAGGAGGGAUUAAAGGGGGAAAGGAGUGCACUAUUGAACAAAAACUGAGACCGUUCUCUGACUGACUGUAGGCAGGGACAACGGGACAAAUCCUUAAAUUUUAUUUAACUUAAUUAUUUAAUUAACUUUUAAAAUUAUAAUUAUUGUUUUUAUCAUUUGUCACUUGUUAAUCAUUUUAAUGUUUAAGAGAGGCACUUUGGAGCAGCACCUUAGUUGGCUUUUAAUUCAUUCAACCCCCCCCCCUCCAAAAACCUCACACCUGGUAUCUGCUUUAUCAAAUGGCCGCUCUGAUGAGUAGAGUUUCCCCACAGCAUCAUGGGACCACGGGCGUGCGUUCAGCAGCCUGUGCGCUCCGCUCGUGAUGCUGCACCGCAGGUCUACCUGCCACAGGUUUCCACCUGCAGGGAACGGGCAAACGGUUGUUCAUGCCUCUGAUGCUGAAGGUUUCGUGCCGUCCAGCAGGGGGCGUUGUUCUUCAAGCUGCGGCGCGAUGAUGCAAAGAAACUGUUGCUGCCUUCAACCAAAACCACCAGUGAUGUGACCAAGGGUCCUAAAUUGUUGGUUUUGUGCACAACAAAUUGUCCUCUGAAUAAUUUAUUCUUCUUUAAUGGCAUCAAUGCUACUUUUUCUUUUUCUUUUUUCUUUUUCUUUUUGUAGAAAAUUAUUUGGCCUUUGUCUAAAUCUACUUUGUUCAUAGUGCUUUACUUUCCUGUUAAAUUUAAUUUAACUGGAUGAAUGUUCCACCUCCAAUUCUUCUGUUUUUAAAGUUUAAUUUAAAACUCUUAAAGUUCCAAAAUGGCGAAAAGAGAAGCUGCAUCUGUCUUGCCUGUUUAAGUUGUCUUCCUGAAGUAAUUGGGAGGACUAUAAGUGCUAAUUUAUUUUUAUAUGUUAAACAGAUAUUUAUUUUCUAGUGGCCUCGUUCGGAGAUGGGCUUAUUAAAGAGUAUACUUCCAGAAUUCAUGACUCGGUUGAGUGUGACAUGCGUUUACAACCAGUCCCUUGAACGAGUAGUUUUCACAUGAAAGUAUUUGCAUACCUUUGCUCUCCAAAUUUGUUUGUGGGUUAGUGGUGGGGCAGAAAUAUGUGAUUCCUUGAAGAAAGCACUACAUUGGGAUAAAGCCCAAAUAUUGUUUCCAAUUCCAAAUGUACAUGUCAAGAUGAUUAGCUCUUAAGCACUUUAAAAUAUGUCUCCAUUAACAACACUUGAAUUCAUUUUUGGUAAUUUUAUCAUGAAGUAAUUUAACGAUCCAUUGGUUUGUAUGGGAAGAAUGGUAGGCCAAAAUAUUAUUUGGCACACUUGUCAGUUAAGGCUGUAUUUUUGCCCAUGCGUUUGUAGUGACCAAUGCGGCCAGUUCUAAACUAUUGGAGGCAGUAGGCUAAAAUUUCUUUGGAUGCACCCUUUUGAGUUAAGUCAUAAACAGGGGGGUUUGUCACUUGCGGACCUGGGGGCCCUUCCAGACAGAUGGGGUCCUAUGCAUAGAACCGGCUCUGGUUAAAAAGAAGUGUAGGGCUAUUCAUUUUAGAGGAUUCGUAUGUUAGCUUUUGCUUUCGCCUCAUCUAGUCCGGUUAGGAUAUAAAGGCCUAUCGUUUUCUACGCGAUCCCUGGUCGCGUGGCGUUCGGUACUGGAAUUUCGAAGCCAAGAUUACGGUUGACUUGACUUGAAGCACAGGCUCCGUGGAUCCGAUACAUUUCUUACUGUUGAGCGUAGUCUUGAAUCCGGUUGACGCGCAGCUGUUGCCUUAAUUCGUGCGAGACGUCGGGCUGCUCUGUCUCUCCGGCGGACGGGUGGCGGGAGAGGAACGAGGGCGCGUCGCUCACGUGUUUCUCUUCGGUCUUUUAUUCUCAGGGAGAAUUCAGAAGGGAGGAAAGGGGAAUGCACGAGAAAAUUGCACUUGCAUUUUUUUUAUAAUUUUUUUUUUUUUUUUUUUCCUCGUAUGACGCCCCCGUUCCCUCCAUGUCCUCGCAGUCCUCGUUAUAUUAUGGUUUCUCGUUCAUUUUGUUUAGUUUACACUUUCCACCAGCUUGUCAAUGACUCUGUUUUUGACACCGGUAAAGUAUUUUAUUACGGAUUAACUUGUUUGCACAAUGCUUUGUGGUGGGCUACAACAAAUAUUUGGACGCGUGCCAUAUCUGUGCUAUAUUUGCGCACCUGCCUCAGAAGCCCGGAGACAUUAAUCCAUUCGUUAUUUAAACUUUGCCCUGGCUGUGAAGAUAUCGGUAGCGCAACGUUCCCAGUUAAAAAUGCCACAUUUCAGAACUGUCUCAACUAUUACGCCUUAUCGUUGAAAUUAUGUUCAGCAGUGCUGCCUGACUGGCUAUGCAAAACAUAUUCCACUUCACCGGAAAACUAAGAUGUAAACCGUAUAUUUUAUCUCCGAAAUCAUCAUCAAUCCAUAUUCGCUGAUGCAUUGAAUUAAACUGUUUGUUGUAGCAAUGACAUAUCUGUUGCGAAGACAAAACGCUUGAUAGACUAUAUAUAUAUUUUUAAAUGAGAAUGUUGCAGGUGAGUCUUGGCGCAAAAACAAAACAAACAAAAAAAAUGCAUUAAAUAAAAUGGUUAUUGAAGCAAACAGUCUCUUGAAUUUCAGCUGUGUAAUGAAUGUAAUGCAGAUGUAUUUGUUAAUAUGGGAACAACUGUCAAAUAAAGUUAUUCAUAGUUCAAA